AUGUACGCAUUUUCCACCAAGCGCCAGAGAGACCAGGACCAAGAGGACUUCGAUGGAAAUGUGUUCCGCGAGACAAAGAAACACAGGUCUCUUCCUCUCCGCGCGUCCCCAAGUGCCCUCCAGUUUUCUUCCCUCCCACAAAGCAACCGCCUUGCAUCUGGCUUCGGUUUCUCGACUCUAACUCCAGUGGAAUCCUCGGAUGAUGACAAGGAGGAUAAUGGUGCUGACAAAUUUGCCCAUCAUGGUUCGACACAACCUCGGGAUCAGCCAUUACCAUCGGAGCAAGGGUGUAUUCCUAUAAUGAGUGCAAGCAUGGAUAUUGAUAACGGAAAAGACGCCCAAUGUUCGACCAAUAAUGUUGAACAUUCCAACCCGGAAUCUGUCGCUGGAUAUACCGAUUACAGUCUCCAGCCGUCGCCGAUCCCUCAUGGUCUUGUUGACCAGUCGCUGGUUAUAAGCGAAGAGCCGACUACACACUCUACGGAAGGGAACACUCCUGCCCCAAGAAGUCCCGUCGUAAGAGACAUGGUGCAAAACUCUACAUCAUAUACGUCGCAGGGCGUCCCUAGAGGUCCGUACGCGAGCCAUGACAGGGUCUGGUGGUGCGGCCAACGCCUCCCCAGUCCGGUCAGUGACAAUGGCGACGCCAUGGCGAUCAGCAGCAAGGGCUCUGUGAGCGACGCUGAUAUGACAUACAUGUCCCAGCCAGCGUCUCCGCCACCAUGGUAUUCGGAAACUACGCCAGAUGUGUCACAGCCGGCGGGUUCGAUGGGCAACUUGAGACGAGAGCAUCAUAUUCCCUCUUCCUCGAAGAAGAAGGCAGCGAUCUCCAUGGGCUACCGAGCGGAUUGCGACAAAUGUCGGCGCAGGGUCCCAGGUCAUUACAGUCACAUCAUCCGUCACUGA